GCACCUCUCUCACUGGGUACUUCCGCUUCCUACAAGCAAGGAGUCAGAGCCUCCUCCGUUUUUCUCACCCAGGCAGCGGCGGCGAAGGAGACUGCAGGGGCUUGCAAUGUUUGGCCUCAAAAGAAACGCAGUAAUCGGACUCAACCUCUACUGUGGGGGCGCCGGGUUGGCGGCCGGCAGCGGCGGCGGCGCCUCCUCUUCGGGAGGGCGGCUUUUGGCUGCGGGGAAGGAGGCCACGGCCCGGCGAGAGGGAGGGGGAGGGGAAGCCGGCGCGAGCCCCCCGGCCACUCUCGCGCCGGACGCCCUGAAGGUCGCGCGGCCCUCGCCCAUUGGCGCCGAGGGCCCCGACGUCAUCGCGCCCCCCGCGAGGCUGCUGUUCUUCGCGCCCACCCGCUGCGCGUCGCCGCCUGAAGGAAUGGAAGCCCCCGCCGCCGACGCCAUCAUGUCGCCCGAGGAGGAGCUGGAUGGGUACGAGCCGGAGCCUCUGGGGAAGCGGCCGGCUGUCCUGCCCUUGCGGCAGUUGGUCCGGGAAGCCAGCAAUGGCCUCUGCACGAACGGCUCACUCCCCUCGACGCCGCCCUCAGCAGAGGAGGAGGAGGAGGACGAGUUGUACCGGCAAUCGCUGGAGAUCAUCUCUCGGUACCUUCGGGAACAGGCAACCGGCGCCAAGGACACGAAGCCAAUGGGCGGGUCUGGGGCCGCCAGCCGGAAGGCGUUAGAGACCCUGCGACGGGUCGGGGACGGAGUGCAGCGCAACCACGAGACGGCCUUCCAAGGCAUGCUUCGGAAACUGGACAUCAAAAAUGAAGACGAUGUCAAAUCUAUUUCUCGAGUGAUGGUCCACGUUUUCAGUGACGGAGUAACAAACUGGGGCAGGAUUGUGACUCUUAUUUCUUUUGGUGCCUUUGUGGCCAAACACUUGAAGAGUAUAAACCAAGAAAGCUGCAUCGAACCAUUAGCAGAAAGCAUCACAGAUGUCCUAGUAAGGACAAAACGAGACUGGCUAGUCAAACAAAGAGGCUGGGAUGGGUUUGUGGAGUUCUUCCGUGUAGAGGACCUAGAAGGCAGCAUCAGAAAUGUGCUGCUGGCUUGUGCAGGUGUUGCUGGAGUAGGAGCUGGUUUGGCAUAUCUAAUAAGAUAGUCUUUUAAGUGCAAUAAUUGACUCUUAACUGACUCCAGCCACCCAAAACCAAUACAGUCUGCUGUGAAAUCAAAUAUAUUUAUGAAGUUGGACUUGAAGAUGUCCAGGCUGUCAGGAGUUCUACUGGAGCAACAUAGAAAAGCACAUGGCAAAAGGACUAUGGCUAACAGGAAUAAAUACAUGGGAAAAGUAGUUCCCCUUGAAGAGUCACUGUGUGAAAGAAGCAAAGUUCAGUUUCAGGAACGGGCAAACUUUGGGAGGCCAUGGAGGAGGACUUUUAGAUUUAGUCAAGAUGGUAGGGUGGAGAGACUUAAUUUCCUUGUCUAGAACAGGAGAGUGGCCAGUAGCCAGGCUAGUCAUAGAGUUCAUUAACUACACCCACUGAAUUAAUUAACUUCCUAUAGUGUUAAAAGAGAAGCACUAACAAUGUCAGUGGUCUGUGUAAAAUGGAUUUAAGCUAUAGGGAUAGAACUAUGACUAGAAGCCUGAGUCCUGUACAACAGAGCGUGAAGGGAAGCUUUUUUUCUCUCUCUAGCUUUCCCAGGCAUACUUCUUGAAGAAUAGAAAGUCCAAGUGCUCAGGACUUUUAUAUCUGUUCUACUUUUUCUUGGUUUGAGUGAUUCUUAGUUUAUUAGCCUAGUAAUGGCCAAGAGUACUUGACUUAAGGCACAAUGAUGACCGAAAUAUGGAAUAGCUUGUAAAUGUAUUUGUAAAAAUUGUAUAUAUUUUUACAGAAAGCCUUUUUCUUUGAAAUGUAAAGGGAGAAGAAUCUUGAAUUUACAUUGGUUUUUUCAUACCUAUUUGAAAAUUACAACUUCUGUAUUUAGGAACCUAUUUCUUAUGGUUUUUCUAUUCUGAACUUUGUUUUGGCCAGUUCUAGAUUGUAUACAGAACCAAUUGAUGUAAUCGUAUGCAACCUGGUUGUAGUGGAACAAUUCUGAUAACUGCAGGCUUUAAUUUUCCUAUCUGAUUUUGGUAAGUAUUUCUUAGGUUUUUUAAUUUUUAAACCUGGGACUGAGAAACUGAGGGCUGGAGAUUAAUCCUUUCACUUCGUUACAUGUAGGUUUUCAAUAAUUGGGUCAAAGUGGAGUUUUAAAGGGUUUUGGGAGGGAGGGUGGGCACAUGCAGGCUGAUGAGUUACAAAUAAUGGGCUCUGAUUGGGCAGCUACUCCUUUGAGUUUCUUUCAUUUGACCUAAUUUAACUGGUGAAAUUUAAACUGAGUUUAUGAGCUCAUCUUCAAAGCUUUUGCUAAAAGACUUUCAGCUGUUCCAAGUGGGACUUACUAGCAGUAUGUAUAAAAAGAUCACAUCAGGUGGAUGAGAGACAUUUGAUCCCUUGUUUGCUUAAUAAGUUGUAAAAUGAUGGCUUGAAAAAAGCAGGCCAUAAUUUAACCAUGGUGCUAUUACUAGCCUGGCUUGUUAAACACAAGUCUGAGCCUAGUAUGUCAAUAAAACAAAUGUAUAUUGUUUCAUUUCUAUUAAUGAUUCCCAAACUUUGUUUCAGAUUUUUGCCUUGGCAUCCCUUUGGAUUUCAGACUUGAUGUUCUAUCAAACUUAGCGUUUAUUUCCUAUCCUUCCUUGAAAUAUUUGCUGCUUGUUCUGCUCCCUCUACAGAUAUAUCAGUUCCCAUGUCUUUAUCCUGCCAUCCCUGAACUCUUACUAGGCCUUUUAGUUUUUGGCACUAUGAACCCCAACUAGGAACCUUAAGUAACCCCCAGAGGAGUCCACAGACCUUCAUCUUUGAAGUGGUAGUACAGUGGGUGCUGUGACAGUAACGGUCAUGAGAUGGGAGGAGUCCUUUUUCUUUGGACUGGUAUCUUUUUGGUUGUUGCUUUAUCCUGUCUUUAGGGGGGAAGUUUUCAAAAGUCCCCUUAGGAAUUUUCAGAGAAGUGUACAACAUUUUGUGUGACUUUCUCUAGGUUCCUUUGUAUUUGAAUAUGAUCAUUUAAAAUUAUAGAAACAGGUGGGCUCUGUUCAACCUCGUAGUUAUAUAAAAGCUACUGGUAAACUGAAGAAAGCUUCUAUAGUGAAACUAGGGUUAUUUGAAAGCUUCAGCCUCAGAAUGUGAUCUUUAGUCUGUGGACUCCAGAUAAAAAUAAACAUGAAUAAAAUGACUAAGAAUGUAAUAGGGAAGAAUUGCCCUGCCUGCCCAUCUCAGAGCCAUAAGGUCAUCUAGCUAGAGCUAACUUUACCCAUGUAUUUAUUGUUCUUGAUCAUAAACCACUUAUUUAUAUCAUAUCUAUCUCUAAGGACCUAAAAGCACUUUAUGUAGUUUUUAAUUAAUCUUAAGAUCUGGUUAAGGUGACUAAAAGGCCUGUCUCCCCGUAUCCAGUUGUGGAAAUAAGCACACAGAGGUAAACUGGUGGAGUUUUAGGAGCCUCACUUCCCGAUUGACUUAGGUGUGACUGCUGCAAUGGGGAUGAGGACCUCAGUUGAUAUUUUGGGUCACGGGUGGUGAGGGCUUAGGGAGCCCGAGUGCUUUGGGGAAGAGUGGGUGGUUUUAUAGGGAGAGGAGGCACGUGUUCUAAGUGCUGACUAGCGCAUAGUUCAGGCAAAUCCUCCAAAAUAGAAAGGGAGGGGCUGCUUGGAAAGAUGGCUCUCUCAGCAACUUCUGUCUUAUGCUUCUCUCAGGGAAAAACAUACAGUACUCUAGUGUUGUCUGUGUACAUUCUGUUGGGGGUGAACACCUUGGUUCUAGUUAAACAGCUAAUGCUGUUGACAGCUGUGCCAGGAAGGGUUAGGACCAACUACAAAUUAAUGUGGGCUGUAAAAUGUAGUUUGUUUCCCUAACUUCCUGUUUUUCCUGAGAAGAGAAUAAUAAAUCUUUUUCAAAUACAA